GGGCACGUAAGAGAGACUCCACUUCCCUCUUCUGCUGCCUGCACGCCUCCUGCUGCCUCUUCAUCUCGAAACUUGCCCAAAGUUGACUGGCAGCUCGGUCCAUUUUGUGUUUUGUGUUCCAGGACUGCAGGUUGUUGAGCAGCACCAUGGCCUCCUCACCAGAGCUGAAGAUCGGCAAACAACUGAAUGAAGGGAAGACAAAGCAGAUUUUCGAGCUUGUGGACCAGCCCGGACUGGUUCUGGUCCAGUCCAAAGACCAAAUCACCGCUGGGAAUGCGGUGAGGAAGGACCAGAUGGAGGGAAAGGCUGCCAUCGCCAACAAGACGACGAGCUGCGUGUUCAAGCUCCUGCAGGAAUCUGGCAUUAAGACGGCCUUUGUGAAGCAGCACUCGGACACGGCGUUCAUCGCAGCCCAUUGUGAGAUGAUUCCCAUCGAGUGGGUUUGUCGACGAGUGGCUACCGGAUCGUUCCUCAAGAGGAAUCCAGGAGUGAAAGAAGGCUACCGCUUCACCCCCGUCAAGAUGGAGAUGUUCUUUAAAGAUGAUGCCAACAACGACCCCCAGUGGUCGGAGGAGCAGAUACUGGAGGCCAAGUUCAACCUGGCCGGGCUCACCAUCGGCCAGUGUGAGGUGGACAUCAUGAAUCGCAGCACUGUGGCCAUCUUUGAGAUUCUGGAGAAGGCCUGGGCCACUCAGAACUGCACGCUGGUGGACAUGAAGAUCGAGUUUGGCGUCAAUGUGAAGACCCAGGAGAUCGUCCUCGCCGAUGUGAUCGACAACGAUUCCUGGAGGCUGUGGCCAGCUGGAGAUCGAAGCCAGCAGAAAGAUAAGCAGGUGUACCGUGACCUUAAAGAAGUCACCCCUGAGGCCAUGCAGAUGGUGAAGAGGAACUUUGAGUGGGUCUCUGAAAGAGUCAAGCUGCUGUUGGAGCACGAGGCCAGCGGCAGGGUGGUGGUUCUGAUGGGGUCCACCUCAGACUUGGCUCACUGUGAAAAGAUCAGGAAGGCCUGUACCUCUUAUGGGAUUCCCUGCAUCCUGAGAGUCACCUCGGCACACAAAGGUCCAGAUGAGACACUCCGCAUCAAAGCCGAAUAUGAAGGUGAUGGUGUACCCACUGUGUUUGUGGCGGUGGCCGGCAGAAGUAACGGCCUCGGCCCGGUGAUGUCCGGAAACACGGCGUAUCCCGUCAUCAACUGCCCACCUCUCACUCCGGACUGGGGUGCACAAGAUGUCUGGUCAUCCCUCCGUAUGCCGAGCGGUCUUGGCUGCUCCACAGUCCUCUCCCCUGAGGCCUCUGCUCAGUUUGCGGCGCAGAUCUUCGGGCUGACCGAUCACCUGGUGUGGUGCAAACUGAGGGCCUCCAUGCUCAACACCUGGGUGUCACUCAAGCUGGCUGACAAGAAGUUACAGGCCUGCAGCCUCUGAAGUGACCUGAGACCUUCUUUGAGCCUCUCAUGCUCUUUUACAGCUCAACUGUCUGUCAAUGUCAUGUCUGCGCUUGCCAUGAAAUGCCACUAACAAUGUACUUUCUCUCAGUUAAACCAUUCCAUUUAAGAAGAAAACGAUUAAAAGCUUCUUAAUUAAAA